AUGAAGCUACAAUUCCACACACCAUUUAUAAGGAUAACCCUGAUAGUCUUCCUCCAACUCAUAAACCCUUCACUUCAGUGGUCUGAGCCUCAUGACUUCUCAUCAAUCCCAACUCCUGCUCCAUGGCCUGAACGAUUCCAUGCACUUUUAUACAUGAACUUGAGCUCAACACGCCUUCAAAUCACCAACCUAUGGUAUGAUUGGCCUAGAGGCCGCAAUGUGAACAUAAUACAGAAACAGCUAUCAGUUUUGUUAUAUGAUGUAGAGUGGAAUAAUGGGACAACAUUUUAUUACACCCUAAGUGAGCCUCAUAGUUGUCGGAUUAUGGUUAAUGACGUCGGUAUUCCUAGGCCUGAUUUUCUUGAUGGAGCCAAUUAUCUGGGGACUGCUGUCACUGAUGGGUAUCUAUGUAAUGUAUGGGAGAAGGUAGACACUAUUUGGUACUACGAGGAUGUUUAUACUAAGAGGCCUGUCAGAUGGGAUUUUUACGAUGGUAUAUCCACUCAUGUGAUGACUUUUGAGGUAGGUGCAGCACUUUUGGAUGAUUCAGUGACUCAAGCACCUGCUUACUGCUUCAACCAGGAGAUCAAGAACGUGUAG